GUGGCUCUUCGCUGGAGCCGAAGCUGAAACGGAGACGUACUUCGACUAAAGCGACUCAUCAGGAGCUCGCGAAGUCCGAGGAGAUCAAGCGGCCCGCAGCGGAAACUUCGCUGCCAGCCACAUCCAGCAAAACCUCUACGACGGAGGAGUCGGAUGACAGCAGUAGCAGCGAGGGCAGCAGCAGCAGCUCAGAAGGUCGCAGUCUUCGACGCAAACUGGUUCGGACAGCACGAAUCAAAGUCCAGGCACUGGAGUCGCUUCAAAGCAACAAGGCCGAGUACCUGGAGGCGAAGCUUGCGCUUCUGAAGGUUCUGAUCCUCGAGAUGAAGGGCCGUGACUCCCGCCUUGCGCUGGAGAAGGUAGGCAUGUACGAUGCCAUCCGGGCUUGCCUGGAGGAUGGGGCCAUGGACAAAACGGACUCCUUGUGGCAGUUGGGGACAGAAGUGGCCAGAACAGCUUUGAUGCUGCUGCUGCAGAUUUCCUUCAGCAAGCAGGAGUUGGUGGACUCGCAGAUACCGAAACGGCUUGUUGAGUUGAAGAGAGCACGAUCCUCUCUGCAACCAAUGAUCACCCAAAUUGUUGUCAGAGCUCGGGAGGAAAGUCAGAGGAGGUCGGACGGAAGCGCUUCCGCCAAGGUGGCCUCACCGGAGGGGCUUGGGAAGAAAGAUGGCGACGAGGAGAUGAACCCGAACCAGGGUCAAGAGGAGGAGACAGACAUGCCAAAAUGGGAGCCGAUGGACGAGGAGCUCAGCCCCGGUGCUGAGGUGAUCAUCGAAGGCUCCCUCAUGAAUCCGCAGCUGAACGGCCUUCACGGUACAGUUGCGCUCUUCGAACGAGACAGACAACGCUACCACGUGAAUGUAACGUUGGACGGCUACCCGGUCGUCGCCAAGAUGAGAAGGUCAUACCUGCGAGCGGUGGGGCCGGCUCCUCCACCGGAGCCGAGCUCCAGCGACGGGGCUGGCAUGGAGCAGGAGGAGGACCUCGAUGCAGAAGCCGAGGCAGCUCUGAUGAGGCUUCGCGCAAAGGCGGACGAGGCGCCGACCGAGCCGGCGGAAAAUCCGCCGCCAGCAGAUUCGACUGAAGGGGCUGCUGAGGCGCCAGCCGCGGACACUCCGCAGCCGGCACCUUCGGCCGAGCCGGAGUCCGAGCCGGCUUCCGAGGAGAGGGUGCCGCCGCGGGACCCAGCAUCCGCCCCGCCACCCGAGCCGCAGCUCGCGCCGGAAACCCCGCCACCAGGCUGGCCGCUUACCGGUGCCGAUGAUCCACCAGAACCUCCUCCGGUACCAAAGCCAUGUCUGGACGAGAAAGAGGCGUCUUCUCAGCCUGAGCCGGAGGCUGUGCCCAGCGACCCUGCCGAAGCCCCUCUUGAGGAUGGUCUGCAGGAUCCCGGCUUCGAAGUGGCUCCAUUCCCGGAGCUGUCGGAUCCACCCCAGGACGACGAGGUGACCGUCCUGGCCGACGGCCACCAGGAGCAGGAAUUGGCGAAAUGGACGUCCGCCCAUCAAGCGUGGGCAGCGGAAAGGCACCGGCCGCCCAUGACCGUGCCACGCAAGCUGCCGUCCGGAGGGUAUGUCGGACUCUAA